AUGGUGCGGCCUGCGAGGCACAAGAAGCCAGUCAAUUACUCCCAGUUUGAGGACUCUGAUAGUGAUGAUGAUUUUGUUCCUGCAACUGCACCGUUAAAUAAAAAACCCAGAACUACACAAAAGGAGUUAAAACUAGAACAACCAGAACCUAAACUGAAGAAUCUCCAGGAAAAAGACGUCCCACUACAAGAGAAAACCCCUAAAAAAAGAAUGCCUUUAGAUGAUAAGCUCUACCAGAGAGACCUAGAAGUCGCACUGGCUUUAUCAGUGAAGGAACUUCCAGCCAUCACCAUUGAUGUGGAGGAGUCUCAAGAUAAAAACAUUGGCAAAUAUGGCAAUAGUGAAACAGAAGCAAUGAGUAAGUCUCCUCAUAUCUCCAAUUGCAGUGUAGCCAGUGAUUAUUUAGAUCUGGAUAAGAUCACUGAGGAGGGUGAUUCCCAGGGUUCUCAGCGGAGAAGAAAAGCGGCAUCCCAAGCCGUGGUCCAGCAGAGGAAGAUUCUUUUGGAAAACAGCAACGGCGACGGUGCCGAUGACUCCGAACCAGACUUUGCAACUGGUGAGGAUUCUGAGGACGAUUCUGAUUUUAGUGAGAGUGAAGAUGAUGAAAGUUUCACUGUGAGAAAAAGUAAAGUUAAAGAAAUUAAAAAGAAGGAAGUGAAAGGGAAAUGUCCAGUUGAAAAGAAAGAGAAGAAAGCCAAAUCCAAACGGGAUGACGUGGUGAUUUCACUAGAUUCUGCUCCUGCUGCUGUCAAGUCAGAAUCUUGGCCCUCAUCGAAAAAGGUUUCUCCUUCUUCAGAGGCCACUAGGAAGCCGUUACAAACACGAAGUCCUCCAGCUGAAAGCAAGAGACCUAAGUGGGUCCCACCAGCGGUGUCUGGAAGCAGCAGCCGUAGCCCACUGGCAAGAGUGUCUGUGAAGUCUCCAACUCAGAGUCUCCGCCUUGGCUUGUCCCGAUUAGCACGAGUUAAACCUUUGCAUCCAAAUGCUGCUAGUAGCUGA